UUAAUGACAGGGUCAGAGUGUUGCAUAAGUGAGUGCAUCUGCUUGACAUUUCAAUCGACCCCGAAUCCGAAUAGAAACUGUGUCACGCAUUUGCCGGCAUCAGCGCGCGUACCGGCCGGCGCGGCGGCCGGGCGGCGCGCGGCGCGGGCGCGCUGCUGCCGCGGUGCGUUGUGCAAUCCCGUUAGCUCCACUCUCCACUCCACGUGCGAAGGAGCCGGCGCGCCUCAAUGUCGCCCGUGGGCGGCCGCCACCCGCUUAAAAUAGCGAGCCCACCCGAACGCAACCGCGCUUCAGCCGAACAUAUCCGACCGACGCGAUCUCGGUUGCACCCGUUGACUUUCAUAUUUUGCUUCCGCUCCCACAAACAGCUGAGUAUCAAAACAAAGAAGCGAGACGGGCUGUCGCCGCUCCCGCUCGCCGGCCGGCCGGUGUGCAUGCCGGUCGCUCCGCGCGCCAGUUCUCGUUGGAGCCGUGAUAGUAGAGGUCGUCUGCACGUAUUUGCGUACGAAGUUUACUAGCGCGAAAGGAUAUUCCUUUGUCCUUAUCUUCGAGGACUUGCCCUCGUAUUAUGUUUCCGCGCGAGAGCCGCAAUCAACACCGGCCUUCUGACGAGCCGGAUCGCGUGCACCGUGCCACAUUCAGUCGAAAUUAUAUCCGUUUUGAGAAAAAUUGUGUCGGCUACCGCUCUAAUCGUACCCGUCGAGCGAUUUAAAUUUGUGUGAGACUGUGAGAGUAGGGCCGCAGACACCGGACACUAGAGUGAGCGUGGACUGUGAGCAUCAUGUCGACGGGAAAGCGGCUCGCGAAGCGGUCCAUUAUCGGGACGCGCGUGGCGGCGUUGGACGAAGAGGGAAUAUACUGCUCGGGUAUGAUCCAGGCUGUGAAGACGCCGGCGCCGUUCCCGGAAAACAUCAACAGCAACUGUAUCAACCUGACGCCUAACACCCGCUACACGGUGCGCUUCGACGGUGGCCGCGGCAGCCGCGAGUACCGCGACACCGAGCUGAUCGGGCCCGGCUUCCGCGGGCUGGCGGGCGUCCGCCUGCGCGCCGGCCAGCGCGUCUUCCUCACGUACAACGGGCGCGAGGUGCGCGCCGACGUGCUCGCGCAUGAUCACACCACGGACGAGCUGCGCGUCCAGGUCCACGCGCCCGGACAGGAGGCGCCUAUCGAGCUAAAGAAAAGACUUGAUGAAAUAAGACUGCUAGAGUCCCGAAAAUCUGCAAGACUCGCUGACGUGGACACAGACUUCGCCAGACUGGCAGACAUGGCCAGUGGUGACCGCCGUCGUGCCUCCGCCACCAUCGAAGUGCCUGCUCAUCAUAUGCAAGGAUCGCGCAAGCGCCGCCCCAGCAGUUCGUGCGACCUGGGAUACGGCGAGCGCGACGACCAGAUGAACGAGUGCAACGCUGCGCUGGUACUUAUGUCGCUCAGCUGCUCGCCCAACUCGCCGCGUCCAAAUGGGUGGGGCGGCCGGUCGUCGGUGUCGCCGGGCGCCAGCAGCAGCUCGGGCUCCUCGUGGCGCUCGGGCACGCCCUCCCCGCCGCCCGCCUCCUCCUCCUUCAGCGACGAGGGCAUAGCUAUGGACUAUGAAGAUCUCCAUCCCCGCAAGAAACGGGUUAACAGUGUGGUGUUCGAGUGCACCUGGAGAGGCUGCGGGUACAUCACUAACUCCUGCUCAUCGAUUGAAAGCCAUAUCAGACUCACGCAUUUAGGCCCUAAGAAAGAAGGAGAGAGCGACCACGAGGAGGAGUUCUACUACACUGAGCGUGAGGUGCCGGCGCCGGCCGCGCCGCCGACGCUCUCGCACCGGGAUAUGUGCCGGCCGCCGCACGAGGACCCUGACUACCAGCGCCAGCUAGUCGGCUCGUACAGGCAAGGCCUACUGUCCACACUACAUAAUGGAAAUGCGAGGCCUAUUAGUAUUCCAGUAUCUCAUUCCUGGUCCAAUUCACACUCUCCGAAACACAUGCGGCUGUCGGCGGCGACCAGCUCGCCCAGCAGCCCGGGGCGACGCGCGCGCUCCGACAACAAGAAAUGCCGCAAGGUGUACGGAAUGGACCAGCGCGAGCUGUGGUGCACGCAAUGCAAGUGGAAGAAGGCUUGCACGCGCUUCGGCGACUAGCGGCGCCGCCGCCACCUCGCCGAGGCGCGCGCGCAGCUCUACCACAAGUACGAGUAACUCGAGCCUGUGCUCAAUACCGUUCGCCCGUGGCGUGGCGGCGUAGCUGGCACGCACCGCUUCCGCUCCCGAUGGGCGAGGCGAGGUGUUUGGACAAUUGUGCGCGAGUUGUAAUAACACUAGGUGACAAACGACAGUUUUAUAUAAGGUAAACUAGGCAGACGAAUAAGUAUAUACCUAUGCGAUACAUAUAAAUAUAUUAAAAUAUUUAUUGAGUAUAUAAACAUAAAGGAGACAUAUUUUUUUCUCUAAAUUUGGGCCGUUAUUUAAAUACAAUAUGGACAUUGCCCACGUAUUUUUGUAGAACUGUGAACAUCGCCUUAAAAGAACUCAUGUUAGAGCUCGUAAAUGUCGUAACCGAACACAUGGUAGAGGAGGCAGGGCAGGGCCAGCCGCGCCCGUUGGCCGCCGCCGCCGCCGCGGCACCGCAACAGCGCGCGGCGCGGCGCCCAAGCCCACACCUAGACUGUGAAUAUUUCCUAAUUCUAAGUUCUUAAUGUAAGUUUAGACUGACAUAGAGAACAGUGUGAAAAUAUUCGUUUUGGUACAUCACAUAAUAUCACCGGAUUAUUAAGAGUAGGUACCACUCUCAUAUUUGAAAUUAUAACUAUUUAUUAAUAAUGGCCAUUGUUCCACAUCAUUAAAACAAUAAUUUAUAAAUAUCGAAUGAUAAUUUUUACUUUUAGGUUCAAUAUGAAGACAAAAAUCCGUCCACAUUUUUAAAUGUGCUUUUAAAUAGUUAUAUAAAAAUCAAUGUUUUCACACUGCUUAAAAAAUGGGCAAGUAGAUUAACGUAAAUACAUAAUUACAUUAAUACUUUAGUGAUAUUAAUCACUUAAUAUAAAUUAUGUAUAUUGACUGAAAUUUUAGAUAUGUAAUAAUAAUAAGAGGAUCAUAAUGUCGUAAUAUAUAAAAUAGACUUAAAUAGUCAUAAGAAAUCGCUAAUUCGACGAAAAGACUAUAAAACACGGUUAGAGUUAAAUUUUUGAACAUAUCUGAGUCGUAUGUUGUACUACGUGAACAAGGAGACAAUACUCACAGUAGGUCGCAACACGAGAUCGGCCGUCCCAUGGGGGUGAAGGCGCUCCUGCGCCGCGUCCGCUUCCCGCUGCAACGCGCGCACGCCGCGCCGCGCCGCGCCGCGCCGUCAGCGACCCGCGCACCUCGCACAGCUCGACUCCGACCCUGCCGCGACGAUGAUGCGGUCCAUUCGAUUGUAAAGCCGUUACUUAACUAACACCGAACCACAGUGAAACAUUGUGCAACUAAUGAGCCCAAAAUAAGAUUAUUAUACAUUUGCGACAAGAAUUUAAGAUUAACAUAACGUUAAGGUGAUUGCUAUUUGCAAUAUUAUAAUAAAAAUAAGUAUUAUAUAUAUUUUGAAGAAUAAAUAUGUACAUAAAUAAAUAUUACUUACGUAAUGCAUUCAUAUUUAAUGGUUAAAUAAAGCAAUGUUCAUAUUUGUACAUAAUUAUAAUAUUUACUAUAUCUAACACUAUAAUAUACUUACUGUCACUUAAUAAAAUUAUCUUAUCGAAUAUGACUUGACACGAAAAACUAUUUUUAUUGAAAUGUAAAAUUAUGUUGUGUUGUAUACACGUCUCUAAGUCACCGUUCAGCUAAUGGUUCUAACGGCCAACAAUGGAGAGGCCCGCCGAGACCGCGGCGGACGCACGCUCGUGGCGCCGCACGGCCUCGCGUCCGAUGCUUCUAGGACUCCAUAUAGGUCAAUCAAAAAAGAUUCAAAAAAGCGUUUAGAAAAAUUGAUUCCCAGCAAGCAGGAAAUCGUUUUAAUACCUUCAUUUGGCCCUAAAUGCGUGAAAUCCGAGUUUGCGCAAUCCCAGGAGAUGUGCAUAAAUUUUGGGAGCUUUGGGAGAUAUGUACAUUUUUCCUUGGGUUUCCAAACCACUCGAUGUAAAAGAAUCCCACCAUCAGGGACAAUGGCACUAACAACAAGGUUUUGUGGAUCAGACACUGGUGAAAAGGAGUAUUCGAAUUUUAACAUAAUUAUACAAUAUAACAAAAACAUUCAAAAUGGCGGCCAUUUUUUACAGACUGAAUUCAUGUCAAGGUACGAUAGGACACCUCAGAUAUCAAUUUUCAUCAUGAUUAGAGCAAAUUUUCCGUCGGACGUACCGUAUUCGAGCCAAGCCAAAAACUGAAAAAGAGCAAAAAAAAUUGCACACCUGGAUUGCGCAAACUCGUAUUUCACGCAUUUAGGACCAAAUGAAGGUAUUAAAAUGUAUUUCAGCUUGCUGGGAAUUAAUUCUUCGAAAAAGCCAAAUUUGAUUGGCCUAAUCAUCUAUCUAUCAAUUCACGCGGAAAAGUUGUCCUUCGAAAGCUCGCUCUACUAUCUUGUAUGUGCCAAUUAAAUAAGUCCUUUUGGCUAUCGGGUAUCCUACAGUUGCAGUACAUGAUGCUAGAAUAAUUCUGCCCGUUUGCUUAACAAAAGUGGAUGUGAGGGUAAAUGCAAGUCUUCCAUGAUGCAACUUUUUUAUAUUUGUAAUAGCUAUCAAAGCUCAGAUACUUCAUUGUCAUCCCAAUAUAUUUUUUUAUUUUCGAUCAGCGUUUGUUAAUGUACGAUUGUCAUCUUGGCUAGGCCCCCAGGAAUAUAUUCAUGUUUUUAUUUUAGUCUUAUUAUUGAAGAAAUGCAAAGAUAUCGUGGAAAUUAAAAAUUCUUAAGACUUGGUUUCCUGAUACAGGACUUUCUAAUUAAAACAUAUAUAACAUACUGAUGUACUUACAUGUAAUUAAAAACAAAUAACUAUGAUGUUAUAUUGUUAAA